AUGAUUGCAUGUGUAAGGACGUGUUUUGUGUGUGCGUGUGUGUUAUUCUUCUUCUGUCAUGUGCUUUGGCGUGUGCUUGUGUCUACAUUUGUCAUCCUGUCACCAACAGAUUAUCAGAGCAUUCUAGCGGAGCUGCAGUCCCCCGCUGCACUGCACUCUGAUCCCCACUUCCUGGAGCCUGAACUCCCCGUCACUCCCAAUCCCACCCUUGCCCUGCAUCACCAUCACCAUUACCCAGACCCAACCACCCCCUUGCUGGCCGACCCCCAACCUCAGCACUUGCCUUGGAGCCCGGAGAUAGAGCCUGCUAACGGAGAGGCAGAAAGCCCCCCUAGGAGCCCCCCCAGACCUUGCGAGCUUGCCCUGUCCGUCCCAGCCUUUGAACUCCCCAGUGUUCCCCCCUCAGUCAGAAAGCCCCACAUUGCUCUUAACGACGAGCUGCUUCUGAGCGAGGAAGAGGACAGGUCCAGUCAAGAAAUGGAGCUCAACCUCAAGCCCAAGGCACACUCCCCGGAGAAGUGUGAAUUAGACAAGGACAUGGCUUAUUCCACAUCUUCUCUGUCAGCGUCAUCAAUAAGUCCGACAUCACCUGAGAUAGCACAAAACGGACAGGAAGAACAGCAGAUAAGUGCACCCAGUGGAGCACUGGAGGAUGUGGAGAUGAACAGAGGUGAAAAGGAAGUGCCUGAAAAGAUAGAGGAGGUUGUAGGGUCGGUUUCAGCAGAAUUGGUGAAGGGAAAUGAAGCAGUGGAAGGGGAAGAGCAGGAAUGCAUUAAAAGGGUAGAAGGAAUGGACGAUGCAGUUAAAAGAAAUUGUGAGAUGAUGGCAAAUGACAGACCUCACUUAUCAGAAGAAAAUGUUUUGGUAGAAAAGAGGGGUGAGUCUGCAGAGGAGGGGAGAUACAUGAUAACUGAGCAACAUAUUCUUGUACAAGGUGAUGAUAUGGGGAUAACCUGUGGGGUUCAGGGGGUGAGAGAGGUGCAGAAUCUGACAGAAGAGGAACAUAAUCGGAUAGGUAUGGGAGUCCAGGGGGAAGAAAAUAGCACCGCAGUAGGAGUAGAGACUGCCUGCAAGUUUAUGGAGGAGAGGGCAGAAUGUAUUGAUGAAACAGCUGAGAUACAGCAAUGGGAAAGUAAUAAAGUUGAUGAGGGGAGUGGGGAAAGAGUCUGCCAGGAUGAGAUAACAGAGGAUGAGGAUGGGGAACUGCAGUUCAAGGGUGAAGGAGUGUCUAAUGGGAGUGUUGGAAUUGUUGAGGGGACAUCAGAGGAUGGUGAGGCAGCCGAGGACCAGGCUGUAGCCGACCUCUCCCCUCAGGCCUGGGUUGUUGCACUUGGGGAACGUCAGCCCAGUGAUUCUGGAUCCAAUGAGGAAGAGGAAGAUGGAGACAAGUCAGAGGCGGAGGAGGCGUUAAGGUCUCUUUCGGAGGAGGUGACGAAAGAAGAAGGCUCAGAGGCGGAGGGGGAGGAGGAGGGCGAGGAGAUGACCAAGUCCAGGGUUCAGGAGAAUCUCGAUCAGGUCGAACAGGCAGAAAAAGACAUGUGUUUACCUUUAGGUUGGCACAGUGAGUCAUCCAGCGUCAACGUGGAACCACCCACACCCGGCCGCAGUGUCAGCUCGGACUUACUCGACAGACGGGAAAACAGCCAAGAAAACUCUAGUGACUCCAUCACUUCCUCGUCCAGAGGCGAAUCAGGGAGGUCCCGGCACAAUGGCGACUCACAGCACUCACCUCAGGACAGCUCGCCAGAGUCAUCCAACAGCAGGAAGGAAGAGGGAACACUAGUGUCUGAGAGGAAAGUCCAGCAGCGAGUUAGUGUAGAGGCUGGUUCAGAGGAGGAACAGACUGUAACCACCAAAAUCUUCAGACGCCGGCUCAUCCUAAAGGGAGAGCAGGCGAAGAAUGUCCCAGGUGAAUCUGUGACAGAAGAACACUUUAUCGACGGGGAUGGUAACCUCAUCAGUAGAAAAGUAAUCAGGAAGGUCAUCCGGCGUGUGUCGUCUACCACGCCAGAGGACCAGGAAAGGGACAGGGACAUGUGGCACCGAGGAGACCCCUGGUCCAGUUCCAUCCUGCAGGAGGAGGAACCAGAGCAAGGAGAGGGAACUAAGAACAGCAGAAGAAAGGAGGAAAGGAGGUCAGGGGAUAAGAAGCUCCAUUCGUAGGGAUGGUUGUGCUCUGCCAGAUAUACAGGAACCAUCUUCCAUGUUUCCUGGGAAUAAGCGCUACAGAGGACUGGAAAGCUCAAGUGUGAAGUCUUCAGCCAAGAGUGCAGUCUGCAACUAUCUGCUUCAAACGCAUGGUUUUCAAGUGAGAGGACUUGACCAGUCUGACUUUAGCAUGAGCAUGAAAAACUCACUCCCUGUCAAUCAAAGGACCAGGGAGGUUCUCACUUCCUGACUGUGGACCUGUGGACGAUGAUUCUGCUUCCUGUUUUGUGUGACCCAAUACGUGCCAUUGGUCCACUGGUGUCGUGAGUGUUUGAGGAGCAUCGUUUCUUGUGACAACGAAAGAGACUCCAUCACAGACAACCACACAGGUGCAACUGUGACCAAAGACGGCACAAAAGCUCAAUUCAAGUGGUGGGAGAAAAAACGAAGUAAACAAAAUACCACAAAAAAAAAAAAAAAUCUAUUGGAACACUUCUGAUCCAACUUCAACACUCGCCUUAUAGUUUUUUCUUGGACCCAUUGUUGUCAGGAUGUAAAUUGUUUUGUUUUGUUUGUUUUUUUUCUUCUUCCUUUUUAAAACUUAAACUAACACAAAGGCUUUUUUCUGUACAUAAAUUUACAAUGUGUAAAAUUCUUUAAAAUGAUAAGUUACUGGUUGAGAAUGCACUGAGAAGACUGAACUUUUCAGGUGCUUUCAGAUUUAUUGAAACGGUUCCACUUUUAAAAAGAUUUGAGUGUAACUUCACAUGUUCUUGUAUAAUUAAUUAUUAUAGCAGGUAUAAUGUUUGUAUAUGAAAAAAAAAGCUGGUUCGAUUUUAACAGAGGAAAUUUCCAGAAAAUAUUCUGCAAAUUUCAGUAAUUCCCAAAGUGGGAAUGGAUCUAAUCCUGCAAAAGCAGCCUUUCAGAGUACUCAUAUUUUCAUGCAUGCUGUUCACAUUAUUUUAAGUACAAUUUUUACAAGUUUGCAAACACUGUAUUCAAAUGAAAAAAUAAAACCCUUUAUCUGUGUACACAUAUAGCCCUAACAUUUGUCACCAAUUUUAUAUUUUAAAAAGGAUACCAUUAAAGCAUUUAUCGUGUUGGGGAUGAGGAAACAGUAUGAAAAAAAGUUCUAUAGCUUCUUGAGGGUUUAAUGUCUCGUCUGUCUGUGUAAAACCGAAGGGCAGCUUCUGCUACGAGAAAGAAAUUAUCUGAAUGUAAAUGCUAGUAGGCUGGCUCGCUGUACAAUUCUAACUGUAUUGUGUGUAUUGGCUAUAAGGUGUAGGAGUCUCUGUACACUGUUAGACUGUUUGUAAUCAUUUUAGCAGUGUGUCAAUUUGGUUUUCUAAAGGCUGCUGUGGUAUUAAUGGAAAACUGGGACAUUUCAUUUUGGGUUUUUUGGUGAAGUAUUUCCUUAAUUUAAAACCUACUCACAUUAAGGACACAUAAAGACAUUAUUUGAUUGUAGCUCUAAAUAGCAUAUUGUAUGACAAAAACACUGGAUGGUCAAAACAAUUAUUUAAGCAUUAAAUAAAUUGUGUUUAACUCUGAAACUGUGUGAUCUUUUUAGGCUUGAGAAUCUGUAUAUGCGGUGUCGAAUAGAAUUGUUUUCCAUUGCUCAUUGGCAAAAAUUACUUUACAUUAGGAAUUCUCUUUGUAUUGGUUUUCAUUAGAUGCCCAUGUAGUUCAAGUGUGGUGUUCUACUGGUGUGAUGGCUCAGUGUGCUGAUGUUUAUGCUGUGGACAUGAAAACUAUGUAAAGGACUUCAUUUUUUAGGCAAAGGAAGUCAGGUAGGGUGUUGUAUCACAUCCCCUUAUCCUAUUAUGUCAAUCAGGGGGUAGAGGAUCCUUUGAUAUGGUUGAACUAUCAAUUUUGUCAAUUUUGUUUGAUAUGUGUUUUCACCUGAGCAGACUUUUCGAUGUACAAUUCUUACUAACAGAGUGAAGCCAUUGAAAUGUAACUAUUCUAGCACUUUGGUUAUUCAAGGUCUUCUUUUAGAGGCUAUAGCAGCAAUGAUGCCACCACAAAUGUUUCAGACGUCUUUAAAAAAUCAAACUAAAAAAACAAAAUAAAAAUGCAUUGAUUUCGCAA